GUGAGAAUAUUGUGUGGCUGUGGAGACAUAAGGUACAGUUAUGUAUCUUUCGAGUUACACACUCUUAACGAAGAUCACCUUCUUUACCUAACCUAGUACCUAGCAAUGACCAACACGACAACAGCCACAAUAAGUUGCCUCUUCACACAAUAUGAUUAUAACCAUUCGUAAACUAAAUAAAUCCUAUAUUCCGCCAGAUUCAUCGCGAUAGAACUCGGGGGCGUUCUUUUACUUUUUAAUACAUCUCUAUCAUACACAGAAUUCGUAAAUCCGUCCAACCGAAUCUUAACCAAGUAACUCCUUAUCAGAAGUCUCUUUAGUCUCCUAAGAAACAGGACAGGUAGCCUUUAUUUCUUAAACAUGGAGGCUAUCUCCAAAUGCCUUGCCGUUCCUAAGGAGUCCGGCUCGACCGCAUUAAUUGCAACUACAGUUGUGACUACUAUUUCUCUCGUCUCAUUAGCUCGUUACACACUGUGGCCCAAGAAACACCCGAUCAUCCCGGGCCCCUUAACGACUACCAUCCCCAAGCUGUCCGAAGCCGAGAUUGCGCAAAUCACAUAUAGACCGGAUUAUUUCCCAGGCGCCAGAGAUGUAGUAACGCCGUAUGGUAAUAUUCGUGUGUAUGAGUUUGGGCCCGAAGAUGGUCGCAAGGUCUUGCUCAUCCACGGGAUAAGCACAUCAUGCAUGACUCUUAAGGACAUCGCGGAACCGCUCGCCAAGAAAGGUUGCCGCGUGAUGCUUUUCGACCUUUUUGGACGAGGCUAUAGCGAUGCGCCUGGUGACGUACCAUACGACACCAGACUAUUCGUCACCCAGAUUUUGCUCGUCUUAGCAUCCUCGCCAUUGUCGUGGACCGGCGAGAACGGCCUAAGCAUCAUAGGCUAUUCUCUGGGCGGCGGCAUAGCGGCAAAUUUCGCGGCCACCUUCCCUCAUAUGGUCGAGUCGCUAAUCCUCCUCGCGCCCGCGGGGCUCAUCCGUCCGGAGAACUUCGGGCGCGCAAGCCGGCUCGUGUUCACCACGGGCAUCAUACCCGAGCGCCUGCUCGCGUGGCUCACGAAGCUUCGCUUGCGACAGCCCAUAGCCUCCUCCGUAGCCAAACGGGUCAAGAAGGCCGGCGCCGCCGCAAACGGACUACGGCAAGGCGAGGACGGCAAGGAGAACCUCCUCGACGUCGCGACGCAGGAAGCCGUGGACCCCGUCGACGAGCCUCCGCAAACCGCCUUCGAGCUCGAAGUUAUCAGCUUCGUGCACUGGGUGCUCGACUUCCACCACGGCUUCGUGCCGGCCUUCAUGUCGACCGUGCGCCACGCGCCGCUCAUGGACCAGCAGGGCUACUGGCGCCAGCUCGCCAAGCGGAAGCCGGGGACCACGGCCGUGCUGCUCGGCACCGACGACACUCUCAUCCAGCGCGACGACUACGUCGAGGAUGCCCUCCCCUUGAUCGGGGGCGAGGAGAACGUGUUUUGGCGUGUAGUGCCGGGGUCGCAUAAUUUCCCGUUCACGCAUGCGGCGGAUGCGCUGGAGCGGAUUUAUGAGUUUUGGGCGAUGGAGUAGGUGGGGAGGGGGAAGGAAUUUGCAAGGCGUUAAGAGAGAGAGAGAGGGGGGGGCUACUUACCUAGGUUAGAUUUAAGUCAUAGAAUGAAUACCCAGGUAUUGGUGAUAGAUAGAUAGGUACCUAGAUUGUAUUGUUAGGAAGGUCUAUUGAUAUUCAAUCAACACUUAUCCCUCGGGGGGCAUGGCAUGUAUGUGGUAAAAGGGGGUUGAUUUGUCUUCGGUACUAGAUCCACUCCGUCAACGCCAGCUUGCCACUCGCUUGAGUGC